AUGUCAAACGUAUACCAGCUCGAGCCGCCGACGGAGGGGAAGGUGCUGCUGACCACCUCGCACGGCGAGAUCGAGGUGGAGCUGUGGGCGAAGGAGGCACCGAAAGCAUGCCGCAACUUCGUCCAGCUGUGCAUGGAGGGCUACUACGACGGCUGCAUAUUCCACCGCAUCAUCAAGGACUUCAUGAUCCAGACGGGAGACCCCACGGGCACCGGCCGCGGCGGGGAAUCCAUCUACGGCGAGUACUUCAAGGACGAGCUCCACUCGCGGAUCAAGUUCAAUCAUCGCGGGCAGGUUGCCAUGGCCAACGCUGGAGGGCGCGACACCAACGGCAGCCAGUUCUUCAUCACCCUUGAGCGAACCGACUGGAUCGACCGUAAGCACACGAUCUUUGGCAAGGUCACCGGCCACACCAUCUACAACGCUCUGCAGAUCGCCGAUCUCGAGGUGGACGGCGAUCGACCGGUGGAGCCUUACCCGAAGAUCCUCAAGACUGAGAUUGUGUGGAACCCCUUCGAAGACAUCGUCCCGAGGGUCAUGAAGAAGCUGGACGGCGACGUCGACGACGAGGAAGCCGGCGACACGAGAAAAAAGAAGAAGAAGGAGAAGAAGAAGCUCAACCUCCUGAGCUUCGGCGAGGAAGCCGGCGAGGAGGAGGAGGAACUCGCAAAGAUGGCAAAGCCGAAGGUCAAGUCCGUGUUUGACGCCGACGCCGCGGAAAACGAUGGACGCAUCGCCAAACCAGGAUCAGCCGAGGAGGCCGCCGCG